GAGCCGUGGCUGUUGUUGUUGUUCCAGAGAUCGUGACAGCUGCAGGCCCGGCCGCCCGGGACGAGUCCCCGCCCGCCCGUACACGGGCCUCGCUGCCGCUGGCUCCGCAUCCCGCCGGCCCGCACCAUGAAGUGGAUGUUCAAGGAGGACCAUGCGCUGGAGCACCGAUGUGUCGAGUCGGCAAAAAUCCGAGCCAAAUACCCCGACCGUGUCCCGGUCAUAGUGGAGAAGGUAUCGGGAUCUCAGAUUGUUGAUAUUGACAAGAGGAAGUACUUAGUUCCAUCUGACAUCACUGUGGCCCAGUUUAUGUGGAUCAUCAGGAAGAGGAUUCAACUGCCAUCUGAGAAAGCAAUAUUCCUCUUUGUAGACAAGACUGUCCCACAAUCCAGCUUAACUAUGGGACAACUUUAUGAGAAGGAAAAGGAUGAGGAUGGAUUCUUGUAUGUUGCCUACAGUGGAGAGAACACAUUUGGUUUCUGAAUGGUGGGUCUUGGCUACUAUACCAUCCUGCUGUGUAUCUUGUAAAUAGCUGAUCAUUUUCCGUUCUGACAUCCACAGAAGUUCCUUCUAUAUACAUGCAUUUGUAACUGGAUUUAUUUCUUAAUAUAUUGAUAGGUCUUGUUUUAUUAGACUGUUAAAUUAUCCCCACAAAUGGGGGUUUUGGUUUUGUGCACUAUUUUUUUUUUUCUCAUGGCUGUGAAUUCCCAGAGGCUCACUCCUUUUGAGGGAUACAUUUGGUGACACUGAUUAAAUGACACUGAUUAAAUAAUAAAGCAAAGUAGUUGGGCUGCUAUUAAAAAAAAAAAAAAAGAAAAGAAGAAUAUGCAUUUAUUCUGUUUUGAGGUGUUAGUUUAAGGAAAACAAAACCAUUAAAUUAGUAUUGGGAGCACUGGACUUGCUAGCUUAUCUGAAGUGGGAGCAAGAUGCUGAUUGUGUUGAAUUGAGCUAGUAUGGUCUUCUUUCUCAAUUAACAAACAAGUACAAUAAAAAUUCCUGUCACAAAAA